UGUUACCCAGGCAACAGACUCACAGCUCUGGGCUAUUUUCUGAGCCUAGCCUGAGACCAGAAAACUGACCCAGAAUAUGGAACUGGAAAAUAUGGAACCUGAAUAUACAGAAACUAAAAACAUGAAAUCAGAAAAUAUGGAAACUGAAACUAUUUCUUCAGUUUCAACUCUACAAGCCCUUUCUAAGCUACUUUAUCCUGAAGAAGAGGAUGAUUUUGAGUCCGAACAGGUGUAUAAAUGUUCAUCUGCGAUUGGAGCCAUGGGUCCUGGUCAUAUUGGACCACCAAAACAAGAAGAGCUUAAAGUUAUUCCACAAACCAGUGACGAAACUAGGGAGGCCAUCUGGAAUCCAGAAGAAGUUCCAGAAGGAGCAGAGCACGCUGACAUGUGGGAUACUAGAGAAAUACCAGAGUAUGAUAUUAUAUACAAACAGCAGGUGGGAACUGAGGAUAUAUACCUAGGAUUGACAAAAAAGGACACUUCAACAGCGUGUUGUGAGGAUGUAGUGGUUAAAAUUAAACUGCCAAAUACAAACCCUUCUGAAAUUAAAAUUAACGUCCAGGAAAUGAUCCUUGACCUUUGUACUCCUGAUAAGAAGCUGUUGCUGAACCUCCCCCAUCCUGUGGAUUGUAACAGCGCCAAAGCUUUCUAUAUCCUGGAAACUGAAACUCUUGAAGUUACUGUAAAUUUGAAGAGAGAGUUAGAUUUUGUUAAUUUUUUCUGAAGCUGCAUGAAUGAAGCAAAAACAUGGCAAAAUAACCCUGUUAUAAAAAUUUUAACAUUGGUUAAUAUUUUCUCUCUUCUCUUUAUUAUCCCUACAUACUUCAGAAAGGGCCUAAAUUCAAUUAUACUGUCAUUCUGAUCAUUUACAGUCAUUUCUGUUAUACUGGUAGAGAACAUUGUUUUCUCAUAUUAAUAAGCUCUUCCAUUUUUAUAGUGAUAGCUGGAUAGAAUUUAUAGGUUAACUGUUAGAUUAUUGUAUGAUCAAUUAAAUAACAGAUAUGACCAUAAAGAAGUUGCUCUACUUAUUUUGGUAGUCUUAAACAUUUAAGCCAUUUAAUUUUGCCUUGAUGCAAUCAGUUGCAUAGUAAUUGGUCAUUACUAUCACCAGAAAAGUAUAUUUGGUUUUCUUUGCAUUGACUUUAUCAAAUGACUUACUGACUAUUCUCCAUUUAGGUUCUCAUUGUUGUUCUAGAAUGUACAAAUAACAAAGGAUUAUAAAUAGUUGGGUGCACCAUACUAACAACAUGUUUUACUUGAACAUGAAAUACUCUUAAGCACACUGUGUUAUUUGGCUUCAUCAGUCCUGCUGUCAGUAUUUGGAUCUAGGAUCUAGUUAGGUUAAAAAUAUUUUUUCUUAGCUAAACAAUAAAACAAACAAGCAAACAGAAUAAAAACAAAGACACUGAAAUAGAGAACAAGUGGGCAGCGACCAGAGGGGA